GAACCGGUGACCUUCGAGGACAUUGCUGUCUAUCUGAGCCGCGCAGAGUGGGACACCAUUGCAGAAGGGCAGAGGGAGCUGUACCACAGCGUCAUGCUGGACAACUACAAGCUCUUAACAUCCCUGGGUUAUCCAGGCCCCAAGCCUGACAUUUUAUACCGGAUGGAGCGUGGGGAAGAGCCAUGGGUCUGCACACCGCAGAGCCCAGUGAGGUGGGAUGGACCCGACAGCCCCUCUCUAGGACGCGACAGGUACGGGAACUGGCUGGAGGAGCGUCCCUUGGGCUGGUGGCCUGGUGCUGGCGGGCGCAGUGUGCUGGAGGAGAGGACACAGAACCCCUGCCAAGGAGGACGGUGCAUGCAGUGGCGUCUCCGGUCUAGAAGACUGUUGAACAAGUUCAGGUGUCUCGGGGAUAGGAGCGAGUUGCAGCCAGAGGAGGCUGGCAGAGGAUCAGGGACGGUGGAAAGCCAAGAUCAGGCACGGACGGUCUUCUGGCCUGGGAAGGAACGAGAAGCAGAGGAUAAACAAGGGGUCACAGCAAACGUAACCCAACACAAAGGGUUCCCACUUCAUCCAGUGAUGGAACAGCAGAACAGAAAGGCAGAUCCUCGGGAGCAUCUGCGUGGUGACCAUGGGGAGAGGUUUCAAAGGAGCGCCCCAAGUAGUCAGUGCACCUUGGGAGAAUUGACAUUUUCCCAGAGAAAUGGGGAACUGUCUAUCGAGGAGCUGAAUGAGACUAUUUUGAAAGACCACUGUUACUGUGUGAUAAAUGAGACGUGGCUCUUGCGUUGCGCCCCACGUCCAUGUCCUCUGAGAGAACACGACUAUUGCAGGAACCGUAAAGUUGGUGUCUCGGCACUUAAGGACCACGAAUACUGUCACGUGCAAAGGAUUCGUUAUCAGGGCAGAGUUAAUAAAAUUGUUCGUCUUACUGGUAAGGCUCGGGCUGCGCUUCACAGGCUGGCAAAGCGAAAAUCCCAGAUAGGGCGAAUCAUCAGGAAAGCCAAGCGAAUUGUGUGGCGUUACAACCCUUGCGCCCACAAGAGGUUAGAGUUUCCCCAGGGAAAGACCGGCUGUCUUUCUGAACGUGUUGCCUCAGCGACUGUCCCUCCUGCUAAGGCAGAAGACAACCCCAUGAAGGGAAUGCGUGGAGCGUUUUGUCGUCCUGCAAAGCAGGAGACUCUGCAUCCCCAGCCUCAGAGGGAGGGCAGCUCCCAAGGGAGAACGUCAAAAGCACUUUGUGCCCCUGUGGUGUCUUUUGAACCUGUGGCUGCACCCUCACCCUCCAGUGCAGCUGUGAAGGUGAAGAGGGAAGCGACACACCCCAAGGCAUACAUACACCACGAAGUGCAUAGGGCGCAGCUGAUUCGGAGCCCUGACGCUAAGCAAAAUGUCAAAGGACAUGAACUCAUUAAUUCAAAAUAUGUAUCACUGUGUGAUGAAUAUAAAAUGGUGAUGCGGACUGUCGACCACAUGUUGGACUCUGUAUGCCAGAACUUCGAGCUUGGUGGCUAUUCUCAGUGUAAGGAUGUCUGGCCCAUCAUCAUUCAGAUCGACAGCUGA